UUGUACAAUUAUGUCAAAGAAAAGAAUAGUCUAAAGAAGCUCCACAUGACUGUGAUGUUGUUGACUAUGAGACUAGCAGGUCACCACCAAGCCAAAGUAGAGUGGUUGCAUAAUCUUGCUAACGACCCCUCUUGAUUAACAGGAGGCGAAGAGUCCAAGUGUACUACUUUAGAGUUAUUUUACGGUCCAAUUCUGUCCUAGUUACAGUAACAUGGAAUCAACGCCUUCAGACAGCGACAAAUAACAGUGAUCCAAAAAUGACAGAUAAAUACUAUUCAUUUGAGUUAUUUAGUAUAUCAGGUAGCAAGGCAUGUUUCACAGAGAAAAAUCUAAAUCUGAUCCAUUUUACAACCCUACUCUACAAAGAUAACUUCCUAUAAUUUCCUUAAUAUACUUAACACUAAGUGCAGAUUAUAUUGCUCUUGAUAUUUCCCCUGGUUUCCGCUGUCUGCAGAUAAGAACGAAUAGGAUACUAAAAUAAGCUAAUAACUGUAGCACUUUUUAACUAGUAACUGAAAGCGAUGGCAGUGCUAACCACAGCAUCUCCAUAUGUCUGAUUGAUUAUUUCAAUGAUGAUUGGACUACAACCAGAGACACUGUAAUCAGUCCUCAAUCAAGCAGCUAUCCCAAUGAGUCAACAAGCCUUAUCAUGAUUCAAACUUUGCACAUGGUGCUUUACCAGGUCAGAGUUCACGAGAGUUUAUUAUAGUAGAAGAAUGCAAGUUCCAUGUAACUGCACAUGUAUAAUUUAACCCAAGAGGAGUAGGAAUACAGGGUUGAAGAAAACUGAGGGCAUCUGGCUGGUGAAAUGGGAAGAAUAGUCUAAACAGUGAUAGCAUCAUUCAUUUCCAGACACCACAUAAUUUUUUAAGCCACUCAACAAGGCAGAAGUUCCAGUAGUAGCUUGGAAGUCGCACUCAGACACACAGCUAUCAUGACAAGCACAGCAUCAGUACCCAUAUAGGAGUUUAAAGCAAAUAAGUGACAACUUCUAUACUCCCUGCCUUCUCUUCUUCCAUUUUCAUCCCCAAUACAUUUUUCAUGGACUUCUCUAAUUUUCUUGUCACGCUGCUGCUGGUAUGUCUUCUCACCUAUGAAUCCUAUGUCGAAGCAGCAUCGGUGGACCAAGAUUUCUUAAGAACUUGUCCAUCUCACCGAUGCAACAAACAUGGACCCGAGAUCCGGUUCCCCUUCCGGCUUUCGACCGACCCACCAUCGUGUGGCGCCCAAGGCAUGCAGUUAUCGUGCUCCGGGGAUGACACAAUCCUGGAUCACCAUGUUCUUGGCUCCUGCAGAGUUACUGAGAUCUAUUACAGGCACCGUGUCAUCAACGUCAUCCCGCUUGUGGAACCAUCGAUGCAAUGCCCAGUUCAGAAGCUCAUCUCAACAAACUUAGCAAAUGAUGUGUACAAACAACCUCAAUCAUCACAAGUUACAACCCUGCUUCCGCAUACAUGUCUGACCUUCCACGGGACUGCAUGGCCAUUUCUAAAGGCAUCUCGAUACCCUUCACCUAUGAUAAGAGAGGGCCAAACUCAGAUGACUUUGCUUUCAACAAAAGAGGAAAUGCAGUCAUCAACUUUGGUGAAACAACAUUCACUUGGCACCUCAAUAACAUUACAGAUGUCUGCCAACAGUGUGAACAUGAAGGUCGACACUGUGGAUUCAGCUCACGAAGGCGUCAAGCAUUUUGCCAGCACCAUGGUAUACAGGUCAUCCCAAUUGCAGUCAAGGUACAAUGAAGAAAUAAAUAUGAAAGUCGAAAUGUUUCUCAAGGCAUAUGGCACAUCAAAACCCACAAGGUACACUUUCCCUGAAGUUAAGAAGAUAGCAAGACGGUUCAAGGAUAAACUAGGCCAGGGUGGAUUUGGAAGUGUAUACAAAGGCGAGCUACAAAAUGGAGUGCCUGUGGCAGUCAAGAUGCUAGAGAGCUCUAAAGGAGAGGGAGAGGAAUUCAUCAAUGAAGUUGCAACCAUUGGACUAAUCCACCAUGCAAAUAUUGUCCGCCUCAUGGGCUUUUGCUAUGAAGGAACAAGACGGGCGCUGAUUUAUGAAUACAUGCCUAAUGAGUCACUGGAAAAAUACAUAUUCUCACAUGUUUCUAACAUUUCUCGACAACUACUAGCACCCACCAAAAUGGUAGAUAUUGCUUUAGGUAUUGCCCGAGGAAUGGAAUACCUACAUCAAGGCUGCAACCAACGCAUUCUCCACUUUGAUAUCAAGCCACACAACAUUUUGCUAGACUACAACUUCAAUCCUAAGAUUUCAGACUUUGGCCUUGCAAAACUGUGUGCAAGGGACCAAAGCAUCGUUACCUUGACUGCAGCAAGAGGCACGAUGGGAUACAUCGCACCGGAGCUAUACUCUCGGAACUUUGGAGGGGUAUCGUACAAGUCAGAUGUGUACAGUUUUGGCAUGCUGGUAUUGGAAAUGGUGAGCGGGCGGAGGAAUUCAGACCCAAGUGUUGAGAACCAGCAUGAGGUAUACCUCCCAGAGUGGAUUUACGAGAAAGUAACCACUGAGCAGGAAUUGGUCGUUUCUUUGGAAAUGACAGCAGAAGACAAAGAAAAGAUGAGGCAGCUGACUAUCGUGGCACUGUGGUGUAUCCAAUGGAACCCGAAGAAUCGGCCAUCAACGACAAAGGUGGUAAACAUGUUAACAGGGAGGUUGCAGAAUCUGCAGAUCCCCCCUAAGCCCUAUGUGUCGUCUGAAAAUCGUCCUAUGCCACAAAACACGACGAACACAUGAACAACGUUUGAGGUAACUUA